GCCAAGAGACGAGUGUGUGUGAGCGCGCCGCGGAACUCCGUGACACUGACACGCACCAUGCUGCUGGAGCCGAGCACAGGAGCCUCGUCAGGGGGCUUUUAACUCGCGACAGGCGGGGAGGCAGGUGAGAGAUGCGGGCGCCGCGUUCAAAGGAACCCCGCUGUUUUGUUUGUCGUCAGUGUCAACAACAGUCCUGCUGCAGCUCCGCUCACGACUCCCAUCAGUUCAUUUAACGGCGCUGCACCGAGGAAAUCCCUGGGACUAUGUGAGCAUCAUGCUCGCUGUGAGAUGCCUGCUGUUCGCUGCAGUGUGUGCACGGUGCGCCGUGACAGGUCUGAGGGAGCGGGUGAGUCUGGAGGGGAGGCUGCCGCCUGCAGAGGAGCUGGUUCAGCCCAAGAGGCUCCUGCAACAGAUUCACUCCGAGGAGGAGCUGAUCCACAGCCGUCUGGACACUCGGGUCAAAAACUACACAGCUGGAGCGCAGCCCAUCCAUCUGGCCCAGAGCAGCUUCUUGGUGGAGGCCUUCGGCACAUCCUUCAUCCUUGAUCUGGAACUCAACCACAACCUGCUGUCUACAGACUACGUGGAGCGUCACUACGACGAGAAGGGGCAGCUUCUACAGAAUUUGGGAGGAGAGCACUGCUACUACCAUGGGCAUGUGCGGGGUCUGCCGGGCUCCUGGGCCGCUCUGUCCACCUGCCACGGCCUGCGGGGGAUGUUUUCUGACGGGAACUUCUCGUACGGGAUUGAGCCAGUCGACACUGGAGAGGAGCAGGGCGACCACAUUGUGUAUCGUAUGCCGGACAUUGACCUCUUCCCACCUCCCUGUCCAGGAUGCUCCGUGAACGGCACAGAGCCUGAGGAGCAGACACACGGCCACGUUGAAGGAGACGGUGAGCUGAGGGAUGGAGACGACUGGUCUGAAGAGGAGAAGCCCGUCUUCACAUCAGGCCUGAGACGCUCAAAAAGACAAGUGCGGCGAGGCCAGCGCACCGUCCAGACUGAGACCAAGUACAUCGAGCUGAUGGUGGUCAACGACCAUGAGCUGUUUGUGCAGCUCCGUCGCUCGUCCACUCAGACCAAGAACUUUGCCAAAGCGGUGGUGAACAUGGCCGACGCGAUCUACAAGGAGCAGCUCAACACCCGCAUCGUCCUGGUGGCCAUGGAAACCUGGUCCUCUGAAAACAAGGUCUCUGUGGGUGACGACGCUUUGCUCACCCUGCGUGACUUCAUGAAGUACAGGAAGGAGAGCAUCAAGCAGCGCUGCGACGCUGUUCACCUCUUCUCUGGGAGGACGUUCAUGAGCAGCCGCAGUGAGGCGGCCUACAUCGGGGGAAUCUGCUCCAUCACUCGGGGUGGAGGCAUCAACGAGUUUGGCAGCGUGGGCCCCAUGGCCAUCACUCUGAGUCAGAGCCUGGGCCAGAACAUCGGCAUGCUGAGGAACAAAGAGCGACUGGCUGCAGAAGACUGCCGGUGUCCAGACCCAUGGCUGGGCUGCAUCAUGGAGGACACAGGUUACUACCUGCCCAGGAAGUUCUCUCGCUGCAGUAUAGACGAGUACCUGCGCUUCCUCCAGCAGGGAGGAGGCAGCUGCCUCUUCAACAAGCCCAACAAGUUGUUGGACCCACCAGAGUGUGGGAACGGAUAUGUGGAGCUGGGAGAGGAGUGUGACUGUGGAUCGCUAGUGGAGUGUGCACGGAGUGGAGCCAACUGCUGCAAGAAGUGCACCCUUACCCACAAUGCCAUGUGCAGCAAUGGGCUCUGCUGCAGGGACUGCAAGUACGAGCUGAGGGGGGUGACGUGCCGUGAAGCCGUUAACGACUGCGACAUCCCUGAGACCUGCAUGGGAGACACCAGCCAGUGUCCUCAUAACGUCCACAAACUGGAUGGCUACAUGUGUAAUGCAGGACAGGGUCGCUGUUACGGAGGCCGCUGUAAGACCAGAGAUGGCCAGUGCAGGACGCUGUGGGGCUACAACUCAGCCGACAGGUUCUGCUAUGAGAAGCUGAACUCUGAGGGCACAGAGAAAGGAAACUGUGGCCCAGACUCCAGCGGUCAGGGAUGGGUGCAGUGCAACAAGCAAGACGUCCUGUGCGGUUUGCUGCUGUGCACCAAUCUGACAGAUAAGCCGAGGUUUGGUGAGCUGCAGGGGAGGCUCACCAGUCUGACCAUCCACCAUCAGAACAGAUACCUGGACUGCAAGGGCGGCCAUGCAGUGCUGGACGAUGGCUUGGAUAUGGGCUACGUGGAGGACGGGACACCAUGUGGGCCAAACAUGAUGUGUUUGGAGCGUCGCUGCCUCCCUGUCACGACCUUCAACCUCAGCACCUGCCCGGGCUCCUCGUCCUCUCGCAUCUGCUCGCACCAUGGGACUUGCAGCAACGAGGUGAAGUGUAUCUGUGAUCCAGACUACACUGGGAAGGACUGUAGCGUGUUUGACCCCAUCCCCAUCCCCACGCCGCCAGAGGGACCAGAGAAAAGCAGAGGAACAUCCGGAGAGGAAGAUCUUCGGGAGUCUGAGUCGUAUCUCUUUGCUGUCCUGUCUUCCUUACACUGUGUCCAGUCCGCUCCGAGGAGACAAAACAAAGAUGUCUUCCACUUACAAGCCCUCAGACCUUUUCUGUUUCCUUUUCUGAUGUCAUUAACCGUGCUCCGUUUAUAUUCUCCUCCUGGAAAGUCUCAUUAUGAUUAUUAUUUUUAACUGCGUUAUGGAAGCCAAGAGGACACGUUCCCACCGGAACUGAAAGGCUGUCAGGGAUUGUCUGGUUCCAGAUGCUGACAUCGUUGGUUUUGUUUUCCCUUCCACUGGUUACAGCUGAUCUUCUGCCAUAGCAACUGUUAUCGUCCUUUACCCCUUUAAGUGAUUUCAUGGAAGAAGGCCAUGUGCUUUUCCUCGUCGGGACAUUUUUUUGGGAAGCCCUUUGUUUCAAUACAUAUUUAACCUCAUGGAGAACACAACCACGUCCUCUCAGUGGUGUGACUUUAACUGCAAUAGAAAUGUAUAAAUAUCACCAAAUAGUGAGUGUUGAUAUUUUAUGUGUAGAUGAGGGUUGUUUUUGUGUGCUAGGCCUUCACAUUCCACAGUAAUAGCCAUAUGUUCGCCUCUUAUGCUGCCUUUCAUUAUCAAAGAGUAGUCCAUCCCUAAAUCAAUGCUUCUACAUAAUAUGCAUUAAUGUAUGAAUGUAUAGUUCAGACCUGCAAGAACGCUCGCUGUGUCUCAGAUGAAGUACUUUUCGGUACUACAUGCCGAAUGUUUUACUCCGCUGUAUGAUAUGUAAUCCAUAUACAACCAAUAUGCAUACAAGUAUGCUAAACAUGGGUGCUGAUGUACAUAGUGUAUCAUAAGGUUGACUCAUUAAGACAGCAGUGACUCACUGCCGCUGUGAAUGGAAGCACAAGUGUGCUUCUCAGUGUAAAACUGCUCAUUUCGGGGAUGUAAUUAGCGAGAGGAUGUGAAUCUUUGCAGUUUAGAGGAGUCUGAGCUCCAAAAUUGUUGGAUGCCUGCACUGGGUUGCACCAGCUCUGUGUAAGUUCUCUCCUUUGUAAGAGGUUUGUAAGUUAAUCAGCUUCUAAAAUCGGUUGCACCACGAUCCUUGGGGCAAAACCUACAGUUUUAAGUCAUAACUAAGGCAAGUGGCCAAUCAAUGGUGAAAGGUAGAGGUUCAUUGUGAUAGUUAUGGUGCACAUCAGCUUUCUGGUCGGCAUGAGCUACUUUUAAUUGAAGCAUACUGUAAGCUAGAUCGAUAUUGAAAUGCUAUAUCACUAAAUUAAGUCUCGAGUGGUUUGAAAAAAUGACGUGUGGCUGAAAAAACUGCAGUUUUAUCAUUGAGUGUAAUUUUGUGAGUUUUUAUGAUUUAUACCUUGUUAACUGUUUAGCUGUUACUUAGAGUUACGUUGUCACUUAUCUUUAAGGUGCAACUGCUUUUUUUUUUUUUUUUUUUUUUUUUUUUU